AUGGCGACGCCCCUGCUCCGCGCCGCUCUCCGGAGGCAUUUCGUGUCAGCCCGAUUCCCCCGGAUCCAGCGCCGAUUCCAAUCGUCGCCGUCCAAGCCGCCCUCCGGGGCCAAGUCCGAAGAGUCCAUCCCCGUGCCCAGCACCGUUGCGCCUCUGCCUCUAUGGCAGCGUCUCGGUCCUCUGACGGCUGCGGCGCGGGGAUAUGCUAGGGCGCAGACAAAGAGGCCGCUCACGACGCAGGUCGUCACGGCUGUCGUCAUCUACAUUGCUGCCGACUUGAGCGCUCAGUACGUCGGCGGGAAUGAGUAUGAUGGUGCUAGGACAGCGAGGAAUGCCGUCAUUGGUGCUGUUGCUGCGAUACCCAACUACAAAUGGUUCAUCUUUCUCUCACACAACUUUAAUUACUCAUCGCGCAUCCUCUCAAUCGCCACAAAGGUCGCAGUGAGCCAAGUAUGCUUUACACCAAUCUUCAACACCUUCUUCUUCGGCUCUCAAGCCAUUCUCUCGGGCGAGAACCUCGAGGGCACCGUCGAGCGUGUCAAGGACACGGUCCCCACCAGCAUCAUCAACUCGUGCAAGCUAUGGCCCGUCGUGACGGCUUUUAGCUUCACCUUCCUCCCACUGAAUUACCGACCACUGUUCCACGGUGUCGUCGCUGUGGGUUGGCAGACGUAUCUCAGCUUCUUGAAUAGGCAGGCUGAGCUCAAGGAGGCUCUUCGGCAUGAGGCAGUAGGUCAUGUGGAUGAGAAGCAAGAAGUUGCCUACGCUGUUCCACAAGCAGCCUAA